AUGACGGCUGAAGUCCGCCGCUCCAAUGGAACACGCCUCGAUGCGUCCCUUGGCAUCACCGAGCGCAUCGCGCCGAGCAUGACAGCUUGGACUGGAGAUAUGCGCAAGAGGUACACCGACUUCCAAGUCUACGAAAUCAACAAAGAUGGAUCCGUCCUGCACCUUAAGGAAACUCGUCUCCCGCCACCUCCCAAGGACACCACUCCUGCUCUCCCCCCUCCUCCCCCUUCAGCCCCCGUAGUCGAGGAGAAGAAGGAAGAAGAAGCCAAGACGGAAGAUGCGGCACAGAACGAAGACAAAAGCACCGCCGCCGUACCAACAUCAGCAGCAGAGAAACCGGUCGUCCCCGAGAUCCCUGCCGAAGACCUUGCGGCAAUCGCCUCCCUCACAAAUGAAGACUUCGCCAACCAGCUGCUGGUACUGUACCAGACAAUAUCAGCCGACCAGAACGCCAAGACCGAGCCCGCGACCUCGCCCAUCAUGGACGACAAGGACCAGCGCUCCCAGCUCCACCAGAGCGUCCGGCGCAUCUUCAACUCGGCAAUCGACACGUCCACCGACCCGACGGGCGCUAUCGUCGCCCGAGUCGUACCCCCUCGCGGCAAGGGGAAGGGGAUGCGCGGCGGUCGCGACAACAAUAACAACGGCAACAAGCAGAAGAAGCCCAAGGCCCGCGCCCCCGGCGAAGGGGAGUACCUCCACUUCACAAUGUACAAGGAGAACCGCGACACCAUGGACGCCCUGCACCAGAUCUCCAAGGCGCUGCGAACCAAGCCCCAGGCCAUCGGCACCGCAGGCACCAAAGAUCGCCGCGCCGCCACCACGCAACGCUGCUCCAUUCGCGGCCAGCGCGCCGACGCCCUCGUCCGCGCGCGCCUCAACGGCGUCACCGUCGGCGACUACCUGUACGCCCCGACGCCGAUCCACCUCGGUGCCCACGCCGGUAACGAGUUCGUCAUCGCCCUCAAGGACUGCCUCGUCGCCGGCUCGCCUGAUCUGUCCCCCGCCGACCGCCACGCUCAGAUCCAUGACUCCGUCAAGGCCGCUAUGGCGAGCAUGCGCAGCCUCGGUUGGAUCAACUACUUCGGCCACCAGCGCUUUGGCACGCACGCCGUCGGCACGCACGAGGUCGGCCGCCUGAUCUUGCAGGAGGACUUCGAGAGCGCUGUCAACGCCAUCCUCGCCUACGACGAGGCCAUCGCCAAGCGCGCUGCCGCUGGCGAGGUACCCGAGCAGGCGCACGCGCGGGACGACUUCAGCCGUCACCACGCGUGUAUGCUCUUCCGCGAGGGCGGGUCCGCGGAGGAAGCGCUCAAGCAUCUGCCACGCUGCUUCUCCGCCGAGUCGAGCCUUAUCCGCCACCUCGGCAUGUCAAGCGGCCCCUCCCGCCGGGAUUUCACUGGCGCCCUGACGAGCAUUACCCGCGGCCUGCGCAGCAUGUAUCUGCAUGCAUACCAGUCCUACGUCUGGAACCACGCGGCGAGCCACCGCUGGCGGCUGUACGGCGAAAAGGUGGUCGAGGGUGACCUCGUUUUCGCCGACGGUUCGAAGCCGCAGGCCAACGAUGCAGAGACGACCCAGGACGAUGACGACGCCGAAUUCUCCGACGCACGCCCCUUGACCGCGGAAGAGGCCGCCUCAGGCAAGUACACGAUCCACGACAUCGUCCUCCCCUCGCCUGGCCACGCCGUCGUCUACCCCACCAAUGCAGUGGGCGAGUUCUACACGACCUUCAUGCGCGACAACGGCGGCCUCGACCCGACCAAGAUGAUUCGCCGGCAGCGCGAGUUCAGCCUCCGCGGUGACUACCGCAAGGUCGUUGUGCGCUUCCUCGCCGAGCCCGGCUUCGAGGUGCGCGCGUACGAAGACGACAACGAGCAGAUGCACCCCACCGACAUGGACCGCAUUCGCGCCGCGCGGAGCGGUGCGGGCAAGAAGCGUGCCCGCGACGAGGCCGAGGGGCAGGAUGGUGACAACAAGAAGGCCAAGACGGAGACGCAGGGGGGCGAGACCAUGGGCGACGAGAAGAUGGAGGACGCGCCGCAAACCGAAGAGGAGAAGCCCGCGGCCGGAGCAGAGGCAAAGGCCGAGGACGCGGCGGCUGCUGCAGGAUCGAAGCCGACGGCCGAAAAGACCAAGACGGCUGUCGUGGUUAGAUUCCAACUGCCCAAGAGCGCCUACGCCACCGUCGCGUUGCGGGAGCUGAUGGGCGUCGACGAAUCCGAAGUCGCGGCAGUCCCUGCCACCACCAUCGCCGCCACUGUUGCUGCUGCUGCUCACAAGGAGACAGAUGAGGCCCCCAAGUCGGCCGAGACCGAGACAACAUCCGUGGCUCAUGCAUGA